GAGGAGAUGGCAGAGUAUCUUCCAUUAUCUCAAACAGAAGAUUCAGAGAAGCAAACUUCUUCACAUCCUUCUCUGAUUCCAAUUAAAAGUAGAAAAAAGGGUGGAUUAAUUACCAUGCCUUUUAUCAUAGCAAAUGAGGCACUGGAGAGUGUGGCGAGCUAUGGGCUUUUACCAAAUAUGACAUUUUAUUUGAUGAGAGAUUACAGGAUGGACGUUACUACAACUCAAAAUCUUCUGUUUUUCUGGUCAGCUGCUACUAAUUUUUUGCCUAUUGUUGGAGCUGUUGUUGCUGAUUCAUAUUUAGGUCGAUUCCUUACUAUUGGCCUUGGUUCCAUCUUCAGCUUCCUGGGAACAGUAGUGUUGUGGUUAACAGCAAUGAUUCCGAAAGCAAGGCCUCCGCCUUGCAAUCAAUCAGGACAGGCUUGUAAAUCUACAACGACAUCACAAUACAUGAUCUUGGUUUUCUCGUUUUUGCUCAUGUCAAUUGGUGCUGGAGGUAUAAGAUCGUCUUCUUUAGCCUUUGGUGCUAACCAGUUAGACAAGGGAGAUAAUAAUCCCAACAAGCAUAGAAUGUUGGAGAGCUUCUUUACCUGGUAUUAUACUUCAUCCAUAGCUUCUGUUCUGAUUGCCCUGACGGGCAUCGUUUACCUACAAGACAGACUGGGGUGGAAAAUAGGUUUUGGAGUUCCUGCCAUCCUCAUGUUCUUAUCCGCUCUGUUUUUCUACCUUGCCUCUCCAUUUUAUAUCAAGCCAAAGGUUCGCUCAAACGUGUUUGCCAGCUUUAUACAAGUAAUUGUCGUUGCCUGCAAGAAUAGGAAACUCCGUUACCCCAGUCAUAACUCUACUUACCAUCACAAGAAUGAUUCGGGACCUACGGAGAAAUUGAGAUUCUUAAACAAAGCUUGCAUCAUUAAAAGACCUGAAGAUGUUAAGCCAAAUGGAGUUGCAGCCAAUCCAUGGAACCUUUGCACAGUGGAGCAAGUUGAGGAGCUAAAAGCCUUCAUUAGAGUAAUGCCAUUGUGUUCGACGGGGAUCAUUAUAUCAAUAAACAUGAGCCAAAGUUCAUUCCCUUUACUACAAGCUCAAUCCAUGGAUAGACAUCUAACUAAAGGGUUCGAAAUUCCAGCAGGAUCAUUUGGGAUGUUUUUGAUGAUUGCUUUAACACUUUGGGUUUUUCUCUAUGACCAAGUGAUGCUUCCAUUGGCAUCGAAGAUCAAAGGAAGACCAGUUCAUCUAAAACCUAUAGUCAGAAUGGGAAUUGGCAUAUUUGUCUCUUGCAUGUCCAUGGUAGUCUCUGGUAUUAUCGAAUAUGUUCGAAGAAGAAAAGCAAUCAAUCAAGGGCUCAUGAACAACUCGCAGGGUUUGGUGGAGAUGUCAGCAUUGUGGCUCAUAAUACCAAACUGUUUAAACGGGAUAGCAGAGGCAUUCAGCUCGAUCGGCUCCACAGAGUUCUAUUAUUCGGAGCUCCCAAGGAGUAUGUCAAGUAUUGCAUCUGCUCUUUUAGGACUGGGAAUGGCAGUGGCAAGUCUUUUAGCAAGUGUGAUUUUGAGUGCUGUGGACAAGUACACCAAAGGAGAAGGGACAGAAAGUUGGGUUUCAAGCAAUAUCAACAUGGGACACUAUGAGUAUUACUACUGGCUUCUUGCUGUAUUGACAGCUUUCAAUCUGAUUUAUUUUGUGGCUUGUUGCUCCCAAUAUGGACCCUCUGUUGACGUUGACAUUACGAAGAAAAUGAUGGAGCUUAGUGAUGAUGAUGAUUGAUGAGUUUUGCCUAAUUCGUUCACCAUAGGCAGAUUCUGUGGAACAGAAAUAUGUUUAUUCAAAAUCAAAUGUUGGCAGUGAGAAUUUUUUUUUUUCUGUCAAUAAGAUAAUUCCGAGGAAAAAAGUCUAAUGCGAUGGGAAUUUCAGAGAGCAGUUUAUAUUAUAGAUGGAUAAACAACAACCUCCAACAGAACAGCUUCAAAACUUGUAUCCACUUAUUCACAUGAAAAGAUUCAAAAGGGGAAUGAGGCAAGAAUAUGCCUUCUGAAAAGUUUCCAU